UCGAUGAGAAAUCUACACGAACGCUGCGCGAGGAAGAAGUUCGUCAGGCAGACGAAAAGUGCUUCUAAUAAUGCUAAAAAAGCACGCACGGCUUAUGCUGAUAGUUCAAGCAGUUCAGAUGAUUAUCCUAUUGAGCCAUCAGAGAGUGAGGGGUCAGACCUCGAAUGCCCAAGGGAUCGCUCAGGCCGUCGUGGGAAACAAGUAAAGGCCGCCGCAAUGUCUUCUCCAGUUGAGGAAUUGUCAGAAGGCAAUCCAUCUGAAGAUGAGCCUGUGGAACCGGAUGAUCCUCAGAUGCCUUCCAAGGAUUAUGCCUUACAUCGCAAAAAGGCGAAGAAUUAUGUCUUACAAGGGAAGUUCGAUCUUACAGCGGCAGAGAAGACGGAAAUAGAUGUGCUUGACGAGAAAAUUCGACCUAAAAUCCCCAUGCUUGUGGUAAGGAUGAAGAAGACCAAUGUGAAACAAUACCCUGAUCUGGCAAUACUUAAGGACUAUGCAGUCAAUCACUUUCCUAGCAAAAGUCAAAAGAUCACACUCAAGCUACAUGGGAAGAGUAAGGAAUGGCUGUGCGAUUUUCGCAGAAUACCUGAUGAAAAGGGACACCACCUCUAUUUGCACGAGUUUGUCCAUGACAAUAAUGUGCGGGAGGGUGAUCUCUGCCUCUUUCAACCAAUGACGAAGGGUGAUGUAAGAAACUUCAAGGUGACAGUCCAUCACCUUCGUGAAGCAAGCGCUGAUCAUUCCCCUGUUGAAAGAAAUGAUAUUGGCAUAAAUGAUGUGACUAUUCAAGAAAGAAGUGCAGAUUCAGUUGAUAUACGAAGCAGCUCUGAUGAUCAUACCAAACAACCAUCAGGAAGAAAAAUAUAUCCUAGCUGUCAGAGGGGUAGCUCAAGGGAUCAUCAAAAUACUGCAAAACCCACUUCCUUUGAGAAAUCAGGUUAG